AUGGAGCCUGUUGGAGUAACUAUGGAAGGAGAAUGGAGUUCUCUUAGUGGAAUUUAUACAAAUGAAGAAGCCGAUUUCUUGGCACAAAUGCUUGGUAUAAAUGCUUGCUUCGAUUCGUGUUCUUUCUGGUCUAGCCAUGAUCAUUCAGGAACCCAUAAUAAUUCCUCGGAUUUUUCUAAUGGUAGUAAUUUUUGCAAUUUUUCACAAGGAAAUAGUAGUAGUAUUUAUAGUGGUUGCAGUAAUUUUGUAUUUCCUACCUCUAGUCAGGAAAGUUACCACUUGAGUGAAUCUCAUCUUAACAAUAAUAGCUCAAUGUCUAUGGAUUUUUGUACUGGAGAUGUAACGAACACUGCCUCGUAUCUUGUUGAAGGCUAUGAUUGCUCGAAUCAGGAGAUAAGUAAUGGAAAUUUGGAUGACUUUAUUUUGUCUGAUCAGAAUUUGCAGCCUAAGAGAGAGAGAGAGAUGCUCGUGAUUGAACCUUCGAAAGAAGAUAAAAGCAACAGCCUAUCGGAGGUGCCUAGGAAAAGAUCGCAGAGUGCAGGAGAUACUCAAAAGAGCAAGAGGAAUGCAAGGUUCAAGAAAAGCAAGAAGCUUAGCAACAAUGAUGAAGAAAGUAAUGCAGGCCUCAGCGGGCCUGCUUCGAGCAGCUGUUGGUCGGAGGAUGACUCGAAUGCUUCCCAUGAACUCAAUGGAGGAGUAAUUUCAAGUAUGAGCUCAAAAGGGACUGAAGCUGCCAACUUAAAUGGAAAAACAAGAGCCAGUAGAGGCUCAGCUACUGAUCCCCAGAGCCUCUAUGCAAGGAAAAGAAGAGAAAGAAUAAAUGAGAGGCUGAGAAUUCUGCAGAAUCUUGUUCCUAAUGGAACAAAGGUUGAUAUCAGUACAAUGCUCGAAGAAGCAGUCCAUUAUGUAAAGUUUUUGCAGCUCCAAAUUAAGCUGCUAAGCUCUGAAGAUCUAUGGAUGUAUGCGCCUAUCGCUUACAAUGGGAUGGACAUUGGACUUGAUCUGAAGCUCACUACACCAAGAUGAUAUAUGAUUGAAAUUAAAAAUUAAAUGAUUGGGAUUUCCGGUUAAUAACAACAUAUAUCAAGUCAUACAUUUAUAUUAAAAUAAUGCUAUUGACAUUUUAUAACAGUUUAUUGUUUAGAAGUAUAAAGGAAUG